GCGAAAGAAUGACGCAGCCAUUUCCAUUUUGUAUGGUAAAGUGAAAAUGGCGGACUGAGCUCAAGUAGGUCUAAGGAGAUCUAAUGUUGGCAAGCGUCGUACGCUCCUUAACCACUUCUACUGUAUUUAUUGUUCUGUGCAAUUAAGUCUACUACUACGUGUCCGAAGAAUUGAGGUCAUCAAUAAGCUUUAACAUAGGGGACAUUAUCCAGAUCACCCAGGGAGGAACAAUUUUUUUUCUAAUCUGUCCUCAGUUUGUUUAGUAGCUGGGUCAUCGUCAUCGAUGCGAUAAUGUGCGUGAAAGUUCACUACGGAAUCUAAACAGACAAAUACCGAUAUCUUCAGUGAAGGUUACACCGGCCGAUCAAAGCAUAUAUGUAUAUAUGUGAGUCAGUUUUCCGGUCACGGACCAUGAAAACGCCGAUGCCCGCGAAGCGACAGCUGCCAAUGUACCAGAUGGCUGAAGAAGGACCAAAAGUGUUAAAGCGUCGCGACGGAAUCGCCGCGUACGGGGAUGCGGAUGCCCGCGGGCAAUCUUGGUACAGCGACACAAGGUUUUCAGAGGAACAGUCAUACUCGGGCCUGGAUACCUCAGGCUCACUUUCCAGCUUGGACAUUUCAACAGAUUCAAAAGAGAAGGACAAGCAAGUAACACAUUCUGACAAAGGGUCUUCUGACGAAACGAAUGAACUGGAACUUAAGAAGCAGCGGUACCGGCAGUGCGUGUCAUGUCCUGAGGACAUGCUUAAGAAAUACACCAACGUGGGUAUCAAUUGGAUUUGCGGCGCGUACCAGCGCGCUCGCCGCACUUUCAAGAGCGAGUGCAUGAUGCGUUAUCGUAACUGCCAGGACGGCACUAUGUUCGUCCAGAUAUCCCACAAUCGAUGCAAGGCGGACGAGUACCACGGCCGUCACUUCUUCUAUUUCUAUGGAGUGUAGUCCUGCAUCGCGACUCCACAGUAUUGUUUGAUUUAUAAUCAAGUAUAGAGAUGAUUGACAUCUCUCCAAUAAACACUUUCUACGGAUGCAUUUUUAUUUAUUAACAAAACCGUGCUCAAAAAGGUGAUGUGGUAUUUGCUUUGAGCACUUCCAGUUUAACCGAAGUGGCAAACAGCCUCACGCCCGCACACGCGAGCGCUCUCCUACAGCGGCGGCGUUCCGGGCGCAUGCGCAUUGACCAAUGGCUGGCUGCAAGGCGCACGCACGUCGCCCGCAGCAAAGCAACGGACAUUCCCCGGUCCACAUCAUCAGACAGUGACAAUAAAAAAGACGAAGAUACCAUUGAGGACACGGAGUUCCCGAUGUCCAAUUCAGGAGAUGAUUCUCAUGGUUCACACAACGGCCAGCGUAAUAAAUACUGGCCUGUGUCCACCGAAGAGCGGAAAGGCUGGAGGAAAUGGCACCGCAAGUGCAAACCGUGCCCUGACGUGCUGCACAAGCAGUGGUCAGAUCCCACCAUCGAGUGGAUCUGCGGUGCGUACCAACGCGCACGUCGCACUUUCAAAAGCGAAUGCAUGAUGCACCACCGCAACUGCCAAGAUGGAACUAUGUUCGUCAAAAUAUACGACCGCCGAUGCAAGGACGAUGAGACUGGGAGAUUCGGCGCCCACUUCUUCUACGAGUACGACGUGAAAUCGACGGAAGAAAAAGAUGGUGAGGCAUCUAACAUGAAUGAAGAAUUGAGCACGUACGAAGAAGAAAGGCGGGCGCUGAAAAGACGAGCAGGGGUCUCCGUUCCAUCAGUCAGAACUACUAACAGCAGCAUCGCAAUGGACCCUCAGAACGCGUCUAAUAACGUCACCACGACGAAUGUGAAUAUACUGACUGAGGUCGUGAAUCCUACCAGUAAGAUUCUUCAAAUUAAAAGAUAUUCAAGAAAAGUUAGAGAUGGCAAUGCGCGUCGUCUAACCAGCAACAGCACCAGUGCCUACUAUCGUAAUAAGGUCGUUAAAGACUUUGCCACAUACAACCAUCACAGCUCUCGGAGUGCGAAACUCAAAAGCGUUGCAAAUGUCACGCGGCGCAUGUACUCGUAUAAUGGAGGCCUGGACAAGGCCAUCCGCGCCGUCAGCAAUUUCGGCUUAUCACUUCUUGAAUUCACCGCCCACUACAACAGCGUCGGGCACACUGAAUUGGCUGUUCAGCAUUUGAAGCCACAAAAGAACAAACAUAAUCGUAUUACGACUGAUCACGUGAAAUCGACGUCGCCAAACUUCUCAUCACCGCGCACUACGCUAGUACAUAGUUACCCUUCUUCGCCAUAACCCAUUAUAUGUCUCACCGCUGAGCACCAGUCUCCUCUAUCCUAAAUUAAAUAUAAUUGGAAUAAUUAAUUAUAGUUAGUUAUUUAAUAUGUAAUCAAUUAUUUUAAGACAUUAAUGAUAUAAUAAGGUACUUAAUCGUUUUUGACGUGCAUUCAAAUUCUGGUUAUUCAAGCGUGUAUAUUUACAAAUAAUUGUACUGAGUCAUGUAUAUUACUUUUAAUUUGUAUCUUGAAAGAGCAAUACUAGAAGAUGUGUUCUUUAAGAGUGCAGUGAUCGAAACAAAUGCGUACAAAAACAAUUUUAUUAUAACCCUGACGUGGAGAUUUAAUCUCGUUAGUUUUACCCUAGCUCUUAACUUGUGUUUGAAUCUUAAACCUUUAUUUCGUUUCUUUAAUAAAUACAUUUUAAAAAUAUCUAUGAUCAGGAAAAUCACAGACAGCUAAAUGCGUUUUUUUUUUUCGCGUAUCCACCGAUUGUAUGAGAUAUAAUUUCGAAGGUUAGUACGGGUUUCAUGCAUACUUUUUUUUAUUUUUCCCUUUUCCCUGUCUCAGGUAUAUUGUCAUGUUUACAAAUACACAUCUAUGGCAACUAUGAAGCACAAUAUAUUUUAUAGAGGUUCAACUAAUUAAUACUAACCGACGCAAUGGUCACAAGUUUCAUAUUAAUGAAAAAUUGUAUGUUUACAAAAUACAUCAAGAUAGAGAUUUCGAAAGCGAAAUAGUUAAUCGUAGAUUUCGUACAGAACUGUUCGCGCUCGAAUUGGACCAAUUCCAUAAACACACGUUUGCAUGUAAUCGAAAGAAUUGUCGGAGCACGCGACCCAACACGCGUUAACCUGUAUCACGGACGUAAAACGAAAAUUGAAAAUAUAUAAAAGCGAUUCAGUUCAAUUUACGAUUUUGGACGAUCACUUGUGGUUCAACCCUUUGUGCGUAAGCGACGUCCAUGAAUAUGUCAUUGUCGGUUGUCAGGCUGGUACUCGUUUUGGCAGUGGGCGACCUAGCGAUUGACAUGAGCAACAGCAGCCUGCUGGUGGAGGCAAAGCCGCAAAGAACCGCUGUCAUCGCCACCGAAAAAAUUUCGACCCCGAAGACACACCAUCCAGAACGCUCCACGUCC